AUCUUCAUCUUCCUCUCAACCUCUGAAGACCUGCAGUCUGUCUGGAAGAUGAAUUCGUUCCUCAGGUUUGGAGAACCAGAAAUGUUGGCCAAUCAGCACCACAAAACCAGCGCCGUGCUCAGAGUUUCCCAGCUGCCAUUGGUUCGCUCAGCGCUGCAGUCAGUGACGACAGCGUACUCGGGAGUCAAAGGUCGCUACCCCCUGCUGGGUCUGGUGGGGGACGUGGCCGAGGUCGGCGUUCGCAGCAUCUCCUACCAAGCCAUGAGAAGGGCCACGCCCCUCCUCCAGAGUCUGGAGCCACAGAUUGACGUCGCCAACAGUUAUGCUCUCGUUGGUCUCGACCGUCUGGAGAGAAACUUCCCCAUCCUGAACCAGUCCACAGACGAGGUGAUCAGUCACCUGAGGGACGCCUUCUUCCUGACCCUGGAUGACGUGCAGCUGUGGGUGGUGGACGGGCUGGACGGAACUCUGGACCGGUUGGAGCGUGUGGCCGAUGCUGGCAGGGCGGCGGUGAGGCAGCUGCAGGAGACUCAGGUGGGCCGAGCUGCAGCGUCAGGUCUGGACGAGGUGCUGAGCCGCCUGGAGGACGCCACGGCCUUCUACCUGCCGCUGCCCCCAACGCUGCGUCGGGAGUGGGAGAUGAGGGUGCAGGCGUACGAGGAUGAAGAUGAGGAUGAUGAGCCCAGCCUGUGGACCAGAGUCCGAAGCCUCCUGCUGACUCUCAGCCUGCAGCUUUACCACCGAAUGAUGAAGGUCAGAGAGCAGCUGCAGAACUCCAUCAAGUCGCUGGGAAACGCUGCAGACAAGGUGGGUCUGGGUCGGGUCCUGGAUGUGCUGGAUGAGCUCCUCCGGUCCCUGCAGAACCUCCUGGUGGUUCUGCUGUACCAGGUCGAGGGUCUGAGAGAUGCCGCAGUCAACAGGGUCAGAAGCCAGGCGGCCAUGCUGGCUGAACUGAGUGUGGUCCACCAGCUCCGAGAUCUGCCGGUUCAGACCCAACAGCUGCUCCGAGAAAUGCAGGAACUGUCCAAGAUCCUGCUGCAGCUGCUGAUCAACGGCACCCCACUGUACAACGUGCUGCAGCAGCCGUCUCCUCAGGAGGUCGAGGACUUCCUGAACCAGGAGGACAUUGCGUCCGACAGCUCGUCUCGCCGUGAUUCCGCCAACAGUCUGUUCCUGAAAGCGAUGGAUGGUCGUCCUCGCCGCCGCCGCAGUCUUUUCUCUCGGGCCGCCCGAGGUUCUGGAGGCCCGCAGAGCCUCAACCCACCCACCAAAGCCCAGUCCAGUCUGAAGGACGGCGCUGACUUGGAGAACCUGCAGCUCCCUUCCGAUGGCACCCAGCGGCGUCCAUCGGCCACCGAGCUGCUGCUGACGCCGCUCAGACAGUUCGUGUCCCAGAGCCAGAAGGCCUUCGAGUACCUGAGUCCCAACGGCACUGAUGCCGCUGCCGACACUGACCCCGCCGAUGACUCCUAAAUAUUGUCCUCAGGUUUGUCCCUGACCAAUCACAGCAUCCCGCCUUGCUCCCCGAUGGUCAGACUCUUCGCGUUCAGCCGCAGUGUCAUGUCAAAAUUAUCACUGAUUCACUGACGCUGGAAUUUUGCUUCUCCGAACAUGCUGACGCACAGUGGGGGAUUAUGGGUAACACACGGAGUUAAUUCAACAGAAAACAAAAGAAUCACUCAUUACUAAGACAAAUGUCGUCACAUCCAGUUAAAGCUGCACACCCUUAUUAAAACAGUGGACCUCCACUGAUCAAACGAUGAGAAUCAUCCACAUUAAAUAGACCACGAGCUUCACUUAACUCUGAUCUCAGUUUAUUUCUACAGAUGCCCUUAGAGAAAAUAGGAUUCUUCAAACUUGGCUCUACAUUAGAGAUUUAGGUUGCCAAAGAUUAACAUAUUUAAUGUUUCUGUCACAAAGGUGUCUAUUCAGCACCAGUGUUACCUGGGAACUUGUAAUCUGGAAUAAUUAGUGAGUCCACAGGUAAUAUAUUUUUAUUCUGUAAGAUUAAGAACCAAGUCAAAAGUCAGCCCAAAAGCUACUCUCAAUUUGUACAUGAGUGCUGGUUGGAGGUCUUGAACCUCUACAGCAGGCUUUGUCACGGUGCCCACUGCUAGCUAAACGACAUAAAGCGAGCUGCCUGCUCAUCGGUGAAGUAAAAUUCCAGCUCAAGAGAUGAAAAUUUACUUAUUUAAGGUUUAAUUUCAUUUUGCUGUAACAAGAAACAAAUUCAGAUACACUGGUGCAAAUGUAAAGUAACGAUAAAACUUCAGAGAAAAAUACAUCUCAAAAAACAAACUAAAACUAGUUUUCAUGGCCUUUAAUUUGCCACAAAGUCCAUGAAACCAGCCGAAAGCUCUGUUUGGGGAUCGAAGUUUAAAGAAUCUUUUCAGCUGAUCAAAUCUGGUGGUUCCUGAAAUGUUAUUUUGACAAAUUCUGUGUUCCAGUUCUGUCUUCUCAUGUGUUGAAGGUUUAUUAGCAGGUUUUCUGUUGGUUCAAGGAACGUUCUUUAAGAUUAUGGAUUAAAUCAGAGAUGAUACAUGUAAUCCAGAAAUGAGUCUGAAUGUCAGAAAUGAUUUAAACAGUUUGAACAGAAGUAAUUCUCAGCAGAAGCUCAUUUAUUCUUUCAUAUGUUCUCUAUAUUACACUUCAUUAUCUGAAACUCUCCUUGUAACAGUGUCACAUUCAAAUAAAGCUUCAGACGUCAGAAUCCAAAA